AUGCUAAAAGGCUUUUCCUCACCGUUCAGACGGCAAGUGGCCCGUGUGCUGUGUUGGAGUGGCCGCAGUGCUGGUACCUGGGCAUUUCAGGAGACGCCAAAUCCAAACGUUUGGAAAUUUCAAAGUGACACCGGCGUCCCAAAGAGCACCAAGUCGCAGUUGCUGGAAGUGCCGGGUGUGCAAGACGUCCUUGUGCACGAAGGUUUGUCUGGCACGUGGCUAGCAAUCACCAGACAGUCAGGGACCGAGUGGCAAGUCUUGGCUCCUCAACUGAAAGAUUUUUUGCAAAGCCUUCCAGAUAUUGAAGCAGAGCAACAAGUGGACGAUUCGACGAUUCUGGAUGCAGAUGCAACAGAGAUCCUGGAAGUGUUGGAGCAUCGCAUUCGACCCUCGGUCCAAGAAGAUGGUGGGGAUGUUCAGCUGAAGUCCUGGGACCGAUCCACUGGAGAGGUGGUAUUAUGCUUGCAAGGGGCCUGCCGGGGUUGUCCUCAAAGUGCAGUGACCCUGCAGGAAAGCAUUCUGAAGACUUUGCAACAUUUUGUUCCUGACGUCACUUCUGUCCGCUCCGAGGAGGAGCGAAACGAUGGCACGGAUCCCACGGCGGACCUGCCCUGGUCCCACUGUGGGGCACCGGCCAAGCAGCAGAUCCAGCAGCUGGUGAUGGCGGGGACCCCGAUCUUCUCCACCUUCGCAGGGACCAAGGUGGAAGGGGCGAAACUGCGAAGGAUAGCCUUCAUGUCCGAGAUCCGUUUGGAGGGCCGAACGCCAGAGCACAUCUUUGUGACGUGCAGUGACUGCAAGGCCAAGCGCACCAUUGAGGAUCCACAGGACCUCCUUCGUGCGGACAAGGGAAAUGCCACGGGAAAUGCGGAGAACCAGCUUUGUAAGGGAAAGGGAUGGAAAGGCCAGGUGGCAGGAAAGGACAUGACCGUAAAGAUGCACAGCUGGGCCAGCAAGUGCCCACUCGCGCACGGCGAAGACGCUCCAGCAGCUCGCGCCGCAGCCGGCGGCGCCGGCGCAAACGCUGAGGUGCUACUGCUACAAGGCUCAUCAAAGCUUUGCCACACUUCUGAUCUGACGCGCAGCAGAUGUUUAGGUAGUGUAGUAGGUGAGCUUGCCCGGCUGGCAUUUUCCCAUAAAUGGCUGCGAAGUCAAUGGAUUGUGCCUUUGAGAAGUGCGGCAAGACGUUUAAGCAGCAUGAAAUUGGGCCGAUGA